GCCUCUGCAAACAGCCCUUUCUGGAUGGAGAACCCCUAUAUCAAAGUGGAUACAAUUGCACCAGACGAGAGCUUCUCCAAGCUGGAGUCUGGCCGCGUGAACACCAAGGUGCGCAGCUUUGGCCCUCUUUCCAAGAAUGGUUUUUACCUGGCGUUCCAGGACCUGGGAGCCUGCAUGUCCCUCAUCUCCGUCCGGGCUUUCUACAAGAAAUGCUCCAACACUAUUGCUGGCUUUGCUGUCUUCCCGGAGACUUUAACGGGGGCCGAGCCCACUUCUCUGGUCAUUGCACCAGGCACCUGCAUCCCCAACGCAGUGGAGGUGUCCGUACCCCUGAAACUGUACUGCAACGGUGACGGCGAGUGGAUGGUGCCCGUGGGAGCAUGUACGUGUGCUGCUGGAUACGAGCCGACCAUGAAGGACACCCAGUGCCAAGCAUGUGGCCCAGGAACCUUCAAAUCUAAGCAGGGGGAAGGUCCCUGCUCUCCCUGCCCUCCCAACAGCCGGACCACCUCUGGAGCAGCAACAGUCUGCACGUGUCGAAAUGGCUUUUUCCGGGCGGACACGGACCCUGCAGACAGCGCCUGCACCGGCGUCCCCUCUGCCCCCCGCAGUGCCAUCUCCAACGUGAACGAGACGUCACUGGUGCUGGAGUGGAGCGAGCCGCAGGACACGGGCGGGCGGGACGACCUGCUCUACAACGUCAUCUGCAAGAAGUGCAGCGUGGAGCGGCGCCUCUGCACCCGCUGCGACGACAACGUGGAGUUCGUGCCGCGCCAGCUCGGCCUCACCGAGCGUCGCAUCUACAUCAGCAACCUGAUGGCCCACACCCAGUACACCUUCGAGAUCCAGGCUGUCAAUGGCAUCUCCAGCAAGAGCCCUUACCCUCCCCAUUUCGCCUCUGUCAACAUCACCACCAACCAGGCAGCCCCGUCUGCCGUGCCUACGAUGCACCUGCACAGCAGCACGGGGAACAGCAUGACGCUGUCGUGGACUCCCCCAGAGAGACCCAACGGCAUCAUUCUCGACUAUGAGAUCAAGUACUCGGAGAAGCAAGGCCAGAGCGAUGGCAUUGCCAACACGGUCACCAGUCAGAAGAACUCUGUGCGGCUGGACGGGCUGAAGGCCAACGCUCGGUAUAUGGUGCAGGUCCGGGCACGCACAGUGGCUGGAUAUGGCCGCUACAGCCUCCCCACGGAGUUCCAGACAACUGCGGAGGAUGGUGGGUACCAGGACCAGCUGCCUCUGAUCGUGGGUUCAGCCACCGCGGGGCUGCUCUUCGUCAUCGUUGUGGUGAUCAUCGCUAUCGUCUGCUUCAGGAAGCAACGCAACAGCACGGACCCCGAGUACACGGAGAAGCUGCAGCAAUACGGUGAGUUCACCCCGGGGAUGAAGGUCUACAUUGACCCCUUCACCUACGAGGAUCCCAACGAAGCCGUCCGGGAAUUCGCCAAAGAGAUUGACAUCUCCUGUGUCAAAAUCGAGGAGGUCAUUGGAGCAGGUAAGUCCCAGGGCUGGGCACAGCAGCUAAUGCGACCACUGCCUCUCACCCUGCUGCUUGGCUCACCCAUCAUGGGCCAGUUUGACCACCCCAACAUCAUCCACCUGGAGGGUGUGGUGACCAAGAGCCGCCCCGUCAUGAUCAUCACGGAGUUCAUGGAGAACUGCGCACUUGACUCCUUCCUCCGGCUGAACGACGGGCAGUUCACAGUCAUCCAGCUGGUGGGAAUGCUGCGAGGCAUCGCCGCUGGCAUGAAGUACCUUUCGGAGAUGAACUACGUACACCGGGAUCUGGCUGCCCGCAACAUUCUGGUCAACAGCAACUUGGUCUGCAAAGUGUCCGAUUUUGGGCUCUCUCGCUUCCUGGAGGAUGACCCAGCUGACCCCACCUACACCAGCUCCCUGGGGGGCAAGAUCCCGAUCAGAUGGACGGCUCCUGAGGCCAUCGCCUACCGCAAAUUCACUUCGGCCAGCGACGUGUGGAGCUACGGCAUCGUCAUGUGGGAAGUGAUGUCCUACGGGGAGCGACCGUACUGGGACAUGUCCAACCAGGAUGUGAUCAACGCAGUGGAGCAGGAUUACCGCCUGCCACCCCCCAUGGACUGCCCCACAGCACUGCACCAGCUGAUGUUGGACUGCUGGGUGCGGGACCGCAACCUGCGGCCCAAGUUUGCACAGAUCGUCAACACGCUGGACAAGCUCAUCCGCAAUGCUGCCAGCCUGAAAGUCAUCGCCAGUGUCCAGUCUGGCGUCUCCCAGCCACUCCUGGACCGCACCGUCCCAGAUUACACCACCUUCACCACCGUGGGAGACUGGCUGGAUGCCAUCAAAAUGGGACGGUACAAGGAGAACUUUGUCAAUGCCGGCUUUGCCUCCUUCGACCUGGUGGCACAGAUGACUGCAGAAGACCUGCUGAGGAUAGGGGUGACGCUAGCAGGGCACCAGAAGAAGAUCCUGAGCAGCAUUCAGGACAUGAGGCUGCAGAUGAACCAGACACUCCCAGUGCAGGUUUGACCGGAGGGGACUCUGCAUUGGAACGGACCGAGGGAACCUGCCAACCAGGUUCAGUUUGCGGUGCAGCCCGGCUUCCCGUUUCCCCCUUCACACGGCGCUCCUCUGCCUCGGACGGUCGCCUGGGACGGGACGGGACGGGCCGCCCUUCCCUGGAUCGGAGGCACUCGUGUCGAGAGGGAGCCCAGCUUUUCGUCCCGUGUCCUGGAGCGGCGAGGCAGCAACACGUCUUCAUAUUGAAGAUGGAUUAUGGGACAGAGAUGGCACAUCCUGCUUCCCGCCCUGUCUCGGUGCUCAUC